AUGGUGGACUUGACUGGAUACUGUCCAGGCAUCUUCUUGCAAGAGAGCCUAUUUCCCACGACUGGUGGAUUCAUUGCAGGCCGUUAUUGCGAAGACGUAUCCCUCGGAAAUGAUACUAUAUCAUGCUGUCUGCCGUGCCCUCUCGCCAAUUGGCGAUAUGCCGAUAACAUUGCGCAACGCGUCGAAGUUGCUAGCUGGAUCAGUGUCGCCAUUCUACCUCUAUGUGUUUUCAUCCUGAUCUCAUACGCCGUCCUUGCACCCAAAUGGACCAAUCGCCAUUACUUGAGUAUCUGCUUUACUCUGGGCAUCUGCUGCAUGGAGAUUGCCUUUAUCAUCCCCCUCGGCGCAAAACCUAACCAAUGCUACAACGAUAUCACACCUAAUGACAUGUACUCUGAUCUUUCCUGUGCCUUUUCAGGCUCGUUGUUACUCUUUGGGGGCUGGAUGGUGGUUAUCUGGAGUUUCAUCCGAACGAUUGCAUUUCAUCUGCAAGUAUGUUGGGAGGUCGUGCUGGGGCCAAAAUUCAUGUGGGGGGCCUUCCUCUGUGGAUUUGGAAUCCCUGCUAUCGGCCUCGCCAUCAUGCUAAAGUUGACGGGUGUCUCCUACCGGUUUGGUGACAUCUGUCACAUAAAUAUCGAAAACGGACAGAAAGACUACUGGAUCCCAAUUAUGACAUUCGCCGCCGCCUCCCUGGUACUGCAGGUAUCCACCAUGGCCUACUGCAUGCACAUCUAUCUGCGCUCGCUAUUCGAUAAGUCAGCAUCGUCCUCAGAGAACAACUCUGGUCUCCCAACCUACAGCUCCAGUAUCCGAACCGUCUCCGCCCGCCAGGCCUGGCGUCGCCUACAACGCGUAAUACAGUUGCAAUGGCGUGGAGUCACCUUGGUGCUGAUCAUCCUCGGCAACGUGAUCUUCUUCGCAGUCGUUUUCAUCAAUUUGGACCGAGAUAUCAACCCCACCGCAGCCAAUGUCAAAAAGGCCGCACCCUGGCUCCUCUGUCUAGCCUCCGGGGGCACUAGAGAGGAAUGCAAGAGCCGUGCGUCAGGCAUGGGACCCAACGAAGCUACCCUACUCGCAAUGGUCUACCUACUAUCUUUAGUUGGAUUCUGGAACUUCAUCCUAUUCGCCCGCCCACUCAUGUUCGCUGGCUGGCUCGACCUCUUCGGCCGCGGCUUCGACCACCGUCACGAGUUUAUCUCGGUCGAUGCCAACGAUCGCUACGCUGGGAAGGGAUUCGAGAUGCUAACCACAACCGCCAAGACGCCGGAGCCAUACACAUACAACAUGCGAUCCCCCAGCCCCGCCCACAUGGCCGGGCGGCGGAGCCCGAUGGUUAGCCCCAGCCCAACGUUUGAUCAAAACGUCCAUUUCGGCCAAGAGGCGCAAUACGUGCCCCCUGCUACGAGUUUCUCUGGCCCGCGGGCCCCUGGCUCGGCACACACUAGUCGCGACUGGGACCCUUCAGCAACAUUUGCACGGAGUAACGCAUGA